AUGGUCCAGGAAUACGAAAGGGCGGUGAUCUUUCGCCUCGGGCGCCUCGUUUCUGGCGGGCUCUUCUUCAUCCUUCCGUGCAUCGAUGCAUACACGAAGGUGGAUCUUCGGACGGUGACCUUCGACAUUCCUCCGCAGGAGGUGUUGACCAAAGACAGCGUGACUGUGAGUGUGGAUGCGGUGGUCUACUAUCGCAUCUCUAACCCCACGGCUUCGGUCGCCAACGUGGCAAACGCUCACCAUUCCACCCGUCUCCUGGCACAAACCUCUCUCCGGAACGUCCUUGGCACGAGAAAUCUCCAAGACGUCCUCGGCGAUCGAGAGACCAUCUCGCACAGUCUUCAGGUGGGGUUGGAUGAGGCAACCGAUCCUUGGGGCAUCAAAGUGGAACGCGUCGAGAUAAAAGACGUGCGAUUGCCGGUGCAGCUGCAGAGAGCUAUGGCGGCCGAAGCCGAAGCCUCCCGGGAAGCAAGAGCUAAGGUGAUCGCCGCCGAGGGAGAACAGAAGGCCUCGAGGGCACUCAAAGAAGCCUCGGACAUCAUCGCCGAAUCCCCUGCUGCCCUUCAACUCAGAUACCUUCAGACCCUCCAGUCGAUCAGUGCAGAGAAGAACUCGACCAUUUUGUUUCCUCUCCCCAUCGACGUCCUCUCCUACUUCAUGCGGGACAAGUAGCGAGACGAAUCCGCUGGCCUCAACCUCACCGUCCCGAAGAGGAAAAAUUUCCGAGUGCAGAGCAUGAAGCCUUUCCGUACGGAUCAAUCUCUGCCUUUAAUUCGUCCUGAUUAAUUUUUAUUGCCGAUUUUUGCUUGAACUUACAGCAUAGCGUGGCAUAAUUGGAUGUAUCAUAAGAUAAAAAGACGAUUUAUACUGCG